UUCUGGACCUUGUCCGGUCCAAACCCUAACCCGACCUCAAUCCUCUUCCCGGAAACGCACCCACCUCCUCCUCUUCCCUCGUCGUAUGCGAAAUCUCUUACUUUUCACCAAACAGAACCCUAAUAUCUGCCCCACUCCCCAAUUCAAAAUUGAAGGGCAAUAGUUUAUUUUCAUUUAUUUGAUGCCGAUCAGAGAUGCCGCCUAAGCAGCAAUCUAAAGCUGAUUUAGCGAAGAAGCAGAAGAUCGUAGAGGACAAAACCUUCGGUCUCAAAAACAAGAACAAGAGCAAAAAUGUUCAGAAAUAUGUUCAGAACCUCAAGCAAUCCGUACAACCAAAACCCGAUCCUUCCAAAACCGCUGCCAAGAAAAAGAAGGAGGAAGAGAAGGCCAAGGACAAGGAGCUGAAUGAAUUGUUCAGGAUAGCUGUUACCCAACCCAAAGUCCCUGUUGGUGUUGAUCCUAAGUCCAUAUUGUGUGAGUUUUUCAAGGUUGGACAAUGUGCUAAGGGCUUCAAGUGCAAGUUCUCGCAUGACUUGAAUGUUCAGAGGAAAGGGGAAAAGAUUGACAUCUAUAGUGAUAAGCGUGACCAGGAAGACACGAUGGAGGAUUGGGAUCAAGAGACUUUGGAGAAGGUAGUGGAGUCGAAGAAAACUGAAUACAAUCAGAACAAACCAACUGAUAUUGUAUGUAAAUACUUUUUGGAUGCAGUGGAGAAGAAGCAAUAUGGUUGGUUUUGGGUCUGUCCCAAUGGUGGUAAGAAUUGCCACUAUAGACAUGCCCUUCCCCCGGGAUAUGUUUUAAAAUCUCAAAUGAAGGCUUUGUUAGAGGAAGAAAGAGAAAAACUAACAAUUGAAGAGGAGAUAGAAAAUCAGCGUGCUAAAGUGGCAACUACAACUCCUAUGACUCCUGAAUUAUUCAUGCAAUGGAAGAAGAAGAAAAUAGAAGAAAGAGAUGCCAAUUUGGCUUUACAGCAAGCUGAGAGGGCCAAGAAUGACCGUAUGAGUGGUCGUGAGCUAUUUUUGGCAGAUGCUAGCGUGUUUGUGGAUGAUGCUGAAGCAUAUGAGAAGUAUCAAAGGGAACCAGAAUCCGAUGACUCUGAACAGAAGGUCAAUGGGAAUGCUGCUCAAGACGGUCCCAGCACGUCCACAGUUAGUGUUGAUGCUGAGGAUACUGAUGUUGAUGUGGAUGACGACGACGAUGAUGAACUGGACAUGGAUGAGUUGAAUGAAUUGGAAGCAAGCUUAUCAAGGACAUCAAUCCAAAUAAAGGAGUAAGGAGCUGAAGUAUAAUUCUUAGAAUUUGGUCAUAACACCUUGAAUGUGAUAUUUUCAUGCCUCUGGUGCCUGAUAGAGCAUUUACCUGUAGCCAUUACCUUCUGUCGCCCUUUGAGGAAGUCUUUUGAAUGAAGCCUUUGAUGAUAAUGAAAUUGUUGUUCUCUACUUUACUUUUGGUAUGAAUAAUUUCCAUUGCCAUAUAA